CGUAAAACUUGGUGGCAGCACCGGCUGCGGCAAUACGCGCAGGCAGUGCACGGUCCUAUCAAUACAAGUUUGAGUGAAAAACAGGGAAAUGUAUGCACUCUCCGCUCGUAAUUCGCUCGCCGGCGCUGCGCCAGGGCCUCCAGAUGGCCGCUGCCAGCCGCCAGGUAUCGCUGAAGGUGGUAUCCGUGGCCGAAACCCAGAAGGACGAGUCGUUCUUCGAGAAGAACGAGCGGCUGGGCAGGAAGCUGUCGCCCCACCUGACCAUCUACCAGCCGCAGCUGACCUCCAUGCUGUCGAUCUGUCAUCGCGGCACCGUGGCCCUGGGAGUGGGCGUUUGGGGCCUGGGACUGGGCGCUCUGAUCUCGUCGCACGACAUCAGCCACUAUGUGACCAUGGUGGAGGGCCUCCAGCUGAGCGGCGCCACUCUGACCGCCCUCAAGUUCAUCAUCGCCUAUCCGGCUGGUUAUCACACCGCCAAUGGAAUCCGUCACCUCUUCUGGGACACCGGGCGAUCUAAGAUCAAGGAGGUCUACUCGACCGGUUACGCAAUGGUCGCCACCUCUUUCGUGCUGACAGCUAUCUUGGCCCUGCUUUAAGUCCCAGUUAUUGGCUAUACCUAUUAAAUUCUAGUGCGAGCAGUAUGUGAAAAUUGUUAUAUACUAAAUACAUGUAGUGUGUAUAUUUAUAA